AUGAAUAACAUUAAAACAUUAACGUUUUACUUGUUAAGGACAUAUGCUACCAAAUAUCGUUCUGAAUCUGCUGGUGUUCGAGGAAGAAUUAAAUUAGAAAAAAUGACAGAUAAUGACUUCGAAGAUGAUGCUGAAGACUUCAAUAAUGAUGAUACAGAUGUGUGUGAAUCUGAUUUUAUGAAUGUUGGAGAAUCUUAUACAAUACACGAAAGGGAAAUAAGAAAAAAUAAGGAAAUCUUAAAAAAGCGCAUUGUUAGGAGUAAAUAUUUUAAAGAAGUAGAACCAAAGUUUCUUACAUUCACGGAACAAGAUCAAAUACGAAAAUUGCAUGAAACUAAUCCAAAAGAGUGGACACCAGAGAAAUUGAGCGAAAGUUUUCCAGCUUUGGCGGGAACCAUACAAAAAGUUUUAAAAGCAAAUUGGGUACCUAAAUCAGUAGACAGAAUUAUUCAAUAUGACAGUAAAGUCAUUGAAAACUGGAAGGAUUUUAAAGCUGGUAGAUUAGUAUUGAAUCCCAUCUUGCAAAAUCAUUUAACAAAAUUCAGAAACAGAACUAUUACUUUAACUGAUAGGGAGGUAUUGAGUGAAAAGUUCAUACCUCCAAAGAUGGAAUUUCCAAAGCCAAACAGUUCAAUAUUUUCUGACAUUGUAAAAAAUUACAUAGAAAAAGAACAGUCUGCUUGUGAUAAAACAUUAAUGUCUUCCAAAACUGAUGUAAACGGAAAUCAAACAAAAACAGAUGUCACAGACAGAAAUGACAUGAAACAUUCAACAACAAACAAUUCUAGCCUUAUAAAAAACAACGCACAAAAACUCAAUAGAGAUGGAAAGAAAAUAACUUUCAAUGAGUAUAUGAAACAAGAAUUGAAUGAAUUGUACAAAACAUCUCCAGAGGAAGGAAUAACCUUAUUACAGACAUACAGAAAAUACAUAGAAUCAACUAAUUCAGAGGAUGUAAAAUCUAAUGUAUUAAAAAACACUACAAAACAAGAAAACAAAGAGAGUAAUAUAGCUCCAACAAGAACAAUGUCGAAUGAAAAUACUCCAGUAGUUAGCAAACGUGAAACUCAAUCUGAAGUAACAGUUCCAAUAAACACAGUAAAUAAUAGUAACAUAGACACUUUUAUAAAAGAACGAAAGACAGACAUAGAUGUAAAAUUUGAAUAUGUAAAACCCAUAAGAAUACCUAGAAAUGUAUGGAGACGAGGUAUGACAUAUAGAAUUAAAGAUUGCUACUAUGAUGAUGAUGGACAAUUUCUGUACAGAGUACCAGGACUGAGGAGUUAAUUGUUAUUUCGAAAAUAAAAUUCUUUAUAAUUAUUAGUACAUUAUAAUUGUUAUUACUUAUUACUAAAACAUUUUGAACUUCUUCACAUUUUG